AUGAACGGCGAAUGCAAGUUGGAUUAUCGCGAAGCGGACAUCACCCAUGCCGAGCGGAUGAAAGAAGAAGCGAACGUCCAUUUCUCCGCCAAACGCUAUGCAGACGCCAUCGAUUACUAUUCCAAAGCGAUUGCGAUGUGCGAAAGCUCGUCGACGAAACCUCACAAUUUCGCCGCGUACUAUGCGAACCGCAGUUUCGCUCAUUCCAAAACCGAAGCAUACGGUUACGCCUUGGCCGACGCCACCAAAGCCAUACAGCUCGAUCCCAAGUACCUGAAGGGAUACUAUCGCCGGGCCACGGCGUACAUGUCGCUCGGCAAGUUCAAGGAAGCCCUCAAAGACUACGAGGUGGUCGUGAAGGCGUUGCCCAGCGACAAGGACGCCAAAGGCAAGUACACCGAAUGCAACAAACUGGUCAAGCGGUUGGCCUUUGAGAAAGCCAUAUCCGUGGAAGACACCAAGAGCGUUUCCGAACAAAUAGACAUCGAAUCGAUGAACAUCGAAAACGAUUACAGCGGACCGUGCUUAAACGACGGUAAAGUCACGCUCGAGUUCAUGAAAGAACUCAUCAAGACUUACCGGGAACAGGGUAAGUUGCAUAAAAGACACGCUUACAAGAUACUGUUGGAUGUUAAAAAAUAUUUAGAAAAACAACCAACUCUUGUUCACAUAAAUAUUAAGUCUGAUGAGAAAUUUACUGUAUGUGGCGACAUCCAUGGCCAGUACUACGAUCUGUUGAACAUAUUCGAAUUGAACGGUUUACCGUCAGAUACAAAUCCUUAUUUGUUCAAUGGAGAUUUUGUCGACCGAGGAUCGUUUUCGGUUGAAUGUAUUUUUACUCUGUUUGGAUUCAAACUACUCUUUCCUGAUAAAUUCUUUAUGUCUCGCGGUAACCAUGAAAGCGUUACCAUGAAUAGAAUGUAUGGAUUUGAAGGCGAGGUAAAGUCUAAAUAUUCAGUUGAAAUGGCUAACCUUUUCACAGAGGUUUACAACUGGCUUCCACUUGCCCACUGCAUCAACAGACGUGUCCUAGUUAUGCACGGCGGUUUGUUUUCCAAAGAUAAUGUUACACUAAAGGAUAUUGAAAAUAUUUACCGAAAUAGGCAACCACCAGAAGAAGGACUAAUGUGCGACAUGUUGUGGUCAGAUCCUCAAGAUGCUCCAGGACGUUCUCCGAGUAAACGUGGUGUUGGAGUACAAUUUGGACCUGAUGUUACCAAAACAUUUGUUGAACUCAACAACUUAGAUUAUAUUAUCCGUAGCCACGAGGUCAAAGCUAACGGCUAUGAAGAAGCACAUGAUUCGAAGUGUAUUACUGUGUUUUCUGCUCCAAAUUAUUGUGACACAAUGGGUAACAAAGGAGCAUUUAUCACACUCGAGGGACACUGCCUUAAGCCAAAGUUUACAACAUAUACUGCUGUACCUCAUCCACCUGUGAAACCUUUAAUGUAUGCAAACUCUUUAGUAAACUUAUUCUGUUAG